ACGAGACAGCAAAACAAUCCCAUGAAGUCGGACUCGAAGUCUGUUUCCCCGUAAAUGUUUCCCCUCACCUUAACCUGACUAAAUAUCUGCUACGCCUCACUAUAACCUAACCUAUCCUAACCUAACCUAUCCUAACCUAACUCUACCUUUAAUCGCGGAGGGAGAGCCACGGGACACAUAGUUCUAAGACAUUGAAAGGGAUCAGACUAGUGCACGUUGAUCAAGAGAAACCAAAGAAGUCAUGGCACUUCAGAAACUUAGGAAAGAAGAAACUCUCGCAAUGAGGAAAAGAUUAAUCGGGCAGUCAUGUAGACUCUUUUAUUCAGACGACCCCGUGAAAAUAGUAAGAGCAAGAGGACAGUAUCUAUUCGAUGAAAAUCACCAGCGCUAUCUGGACUGCAUCAGCAACGUUCAUCAUGUGGGCCAUUGUCACCCAAGCAUUACAAAGGCUGCUGCAGCACAAAUGGACCUUCUGAACACAAAUUCACGAUUCCUGCAUGACAACAUAGUCCUGUAUGCAGACCGUCUGGCUGCUACCCUGCCUGAGAAACUGUGUGUUUUCUACUUUGUUAACUCUGGUUCAGAGGCCAAUGAUCUCGCCUUACGCUUGGCACGGCAACACACCCAACAUGAGGAUGUCAUUGUGCUUGACCAUGCAUACCAUGGGCAUCUAAUGUCCCUCAUCGACAUUAGUCCUUACAAGUUCCGGAAACUGGCAGGACAGAAAGAAUGGGUUCAUGUGGCACCCUUACCAGACACCUACAGAGGCAUAUACAGAGAGAGUCAUCCCAACCCAGGCCAAGCAUACGCUGAUUCGGUAAAAGACAUAAUAGAGGAGGUGCACAAGAAAGGCCGUAAGAUCUGUGCCUUCUUUGCUGAAUCAUUGCCAAGUGUUGGAGGACAAAUCAUCUUGCCUCAGGGAUACUCAGCUCAAGUUGCAGAAUAUGUGCACUCAGCUGGUGGGGUGUAUGUGGCAGAUGAGGUGCAGACAGGUUUUGGACGUGUGGGAAGUCACUUUUGGGCUUUCCAGCUGCAGGGAGAGGGUUUCUGUCCUGACAUAGUGACCUUGGGCAAACCGAUGGGCAACGGCCAUCCCUUGGCAUGUGUGGCAACCACUGUGGAGAUAGCUGGAGCUUUCACAGCCAAUGGAGUGGAGUACUUCAAUACGUUCGGAGGGAAUCCGGUGUCAUGUGCAAUUGGCCUGGCAGUCCUUGAUGUGAUAGAGGAGGAGGACCUAAGAGGAAAUGCCAUGAGAGUGGGAGCACAUCUUAAAGAUUUGCUCACAAAACUACAAAAAAGACAUCAAAUAAUUGGUGAUGUCAGAGGUGUAGGACUGUUUGUGGGAGUUGAGCUGGUUAAAGACAGAGGGCAGAGGACUCCUGCCACAGAAACAGCAGCAUUGGUGGUGAAGAGGUUGAAAGAGGAAGAUCGAAUCUGUGUCAGUACAGAUGGCCCCUGGGAAAGUGUCUUGAAGUUUAAACCUCCUAUGUGCUUCAGUAUGGAGGAUGCAGAACUAGUGGUGCAAUGUAUUGACCGCAUCCUCAGAGACGUGGAAGCCAAUGACCUUAAACUGGAAAAGGAAGACAUCUAAGGUGUUCAGUGCCAAUUUAUGGUGCGGCAUUCAUCGCUCUGAUGAAACCCAGCCAAAUGAAGGCAAUCAUAUUUUUAAGUGAUGCCAGCUGUAGCACAUUUUUACCACCUGGGAGAUGACUGAUAUACAAGACACUAACAUGACAUUAAUGAACUUCCAUAAAGAUUUUUUCUUUUUAAAUAAAACUUAGUUAUCACCAAUUCCUCACUGUCUAUUCUGACUUUUCUUUUACCCACAGUAGCAAUAUUUAAAAUAAUGAAUCCCAGCUUAUAACACUGAUCAGCAACAUGUUCUCAAUAUACAUUAUGGUUGAGAUAAGCACUUACCAGACCACUAUCUUUAACUCCUGGACACAUUCACAAAAAUUCUCAAGUAUCGCAGUUUCACAUCUAGUGGGGUGGGUAUUAACACUCAGCCAGUUAUCCUGCAGGUAGUGAAGCCCUCUCCCACAGCUUCCCAAAGAGGCAUCCGUAGAGAUGUUAACAUUACUCAAGACAAAACAAGCAAGCCAUUUAACAGUACAAAACAUUUAACAUUAACUUUACAAAUAAUAACAAAAAGAUCCAUGUGUAAUAUAAACCAAAAGUUUAUUUCUACCAAUUUGCCCAAGACACUAGAGGAAUGAGUUUCCAGUGAGAGAGGGAGUACCCUCUUACAUUAACAGGCUUGCGUUCAGUUGAAUAACACUAGUAAAGCCACUUAAAAUUGCAGACAUGAUGGGGGAAGAAUCUCCUUAAAAGCCAAAGGAAAAAAAAAAAAAGAAAAAAAAAAAAGAUGCUGGUUGUCUUCGUCUACUAUGCCAUCUGCAAACAUUCAUUGAUACGCUGACAAUGAACCCUUUGAUUAGUUUAAAUCCCUUAUUUUACCUCACCCCACAUCUGAAGCCAUGCAACUCGCAUCCAACACUCAGCACGGGAGAAAAUAACUAAAGAUCUAUAAACACCAAAAGAAAAAAAAAAAAAA